AUGAUUCAUGGAAGAGUGAAGCACAUUUUCAGGAAAUCCCUAUUGAAAGUAUUCGAGGCAAUGCCAGAUACGACAUUCAUCUGGAAAUAUGAGAUUGAGGACUCCAAUAUGAUAAGGAACGUCUCUAACGUUUAUUUGAGUGCUUGGCUACCGCAGAACGCUCUACUAGCAGAUCCUCGCAUUACUGCCUUUGUUACACAUGGCGGUCUCGGCAGUACCACGGAAAUCGCUUAUAUGGGCAAACCAGCUGUGAUGGUCCCUUUGUUCGCCGAUCAAAUUCGUAACGCGAACAUGCUAGCAAAACAUGGUGGUGCUGUAGUGCUACAAAAGUACGACUUGGGCAAGCCAGCACGCUUACUGUCGGCCAUUGAAAGCGUUAUUCGUGACGAAAGUUACUCAAUGAAUGCCAGGGCCCUCGCCGAAAUGCUCGUCAAUCAACCAAUGAGCGCUAGGCAGUUGAUGCUCCGACAUGCGGAAUUCGCUGCUCGGUAA